CUCUAAUUCUACAUAAAUACCACACUAUCACACGACGUCAUAAAAAGCAUUAGAUUAGGGCGACGAAUUAGAAAAUACUUUGACACUUUCUAUAAUUUAUAAUUAUUAUUCAAUUUUUCACGUUGUUGCUAUUACUUACACAAAAUUUGUGUUUGUUUUAAGUUUUAGGCUUUGUUGAUAUAAAACAUUUAUCAGGAUGUACCCCGUUGGUCAAGCUCCAGCGGGGGACACGAAUGCUGGUGCAGUGAGUGUAGCGGGGGCAGUGACCGCGGCUGCGAGCACGACUGGUGCUGCGCCCGGAGUCCCCAGCACUGCCCCCGCCACCGGAGCCACCGCUCCUGGUGCUGCUGGGGGUGCUGGCGCCAUGAGCCUCGUGUCACCUGCAGCACCGCUGGCGGAUUUACCAACACUCACAUGCCCGCGCCGCCCCAACCUCGGCCAUGAAGGAAGACCCAUAAUGCUGCGAGCUAAUCAUUUCCAAAUAUCAAUGCCAAGAGGAUUUGUUCAUCAUUAUGAUGUAAACAUACAACCAGAUAAAUGUCCCAGAAAGGUGAAUAGAGAAAUUGUUGAAACCAUGGUUCAUUGUUACAAUAAAAUAUUUGGGGCACUCAAACCUGUGUUUGAUGGCAGAAAUAAUUUGUAUACAAGAGAUCCAUUACCUAUUGGUAAUGAUAAGGUUGAAUUGGAGGUUAUAUUACCUGGAGAGGGUAAGGACCGAGUGUUUCGUGUCAGCAUCAAAUGGGUUGCACAGGUUUCAUUGUUUGCUUUAGAAGAGGCUCUUGAAGGUAGAACCAGGCAGAUACCAUAUGAUGCCAUCUUAGCUUUAGAUGUGGUGAUGAGGCAUCUUCCUUCCAUGAUGUACACUCCUGUGGGACGUUCAUUUUUCUCUUCACCUGAAGGUUACUACCACCCCCUGGGUGGUGGCAGAGAAGUCUGGUUUGGUUUUCACCAAUCUGUAAGACCCAGCCAAUGGAAAAUGAUGCUUAAUAUUGAUGUUUCUGCAACUGCCUUUUACAAAGCACAGCCAGUCAUAGAGUUUAUGUGUGAAGUCCUUGACAUACGAGAUAUCAAUGAUCAAAGAAAGCCACUGACGGACUCACAGAGAGUUAAAUUUACAAAGGAAAUCAAAGGCCUCAAGAUUGAAAUCACUCACUGUGGCACCAUGAAGAGAAAAUAUAGAGUAUGUAAUGUGACCCGUCGCCCCUCACAGAUGCAAUCUUUUCCUCUCCAGUUAGAAAACGGACAAACAGUAGAAUGUACUGUAGCAAAAUAUUUCUUGGAUAAGUAUAAGAUGAAGUUGAGGUAUCCUCAUCUGCCAUGUCUACAAGUAGGUCAAGAGCAUAAACAUACGUACCUUCCACUGGAGGUAUGCAAUAUAGUCCCUGGACAAAGAUGUAUCAAGAAGCUAACUGAUAUGCAAACAUCUACUAUGAUCAAAGCUACAGCACGCUCAGCUCCCGACAGGGAAAGAGAAAUCAAUAAUCUGGUGCGACGUGCAAAUUUCAACACUGACUUGUAUGUGAAGGAAUUUGGUUUGACGAUCUCAAACAAUAUGAUGGAGGUUCGCGGCCGAGUAUUGCCACCACCCAAGCUACAAUACGGCGGCCGCGUUUCCUCGCUAGGCGGGCAGCAAGCUUUACCAAAUCAAGGAGUGUGGGACAUGAGAGGCAAACAGUUCUUUAUGGGUGUUGAGAUACGAGUGUGGGCAAUUGCUUGCUUUGCACCACAGAGAACUGUUAGAGAAGAUGCUUUGAAUGGAGCCCAUGUUCAAGUACCUCAAGAGCACAUUCGUACAGUUGCAGCUUGUCGUUGUUGUAUUGCCAGGGAAGACCCUGUCUAUGCUGAAGUGAAACGUGUGGGAGAUACCGUAUUAGGGAUGGCAACACAGUGUGUUCAAGCAAAGAACGUGAACAAAACUUCGCCACAGACCCUAAGCAAUUUGUGCCUGAAGAUUAACGUCAAACUUGGCGGCAUUAACUCUAUCCUGGUGCCAUCACUUCGUCCUAAGGUGUUCAACGAGCCGGUGAUAUUCCUGGGCGUGGACGUGACGCACCCGCCGGCGGGCGACAACAAGAAGCCGUCCAUCGCGGCCGUGGUGGGCUCCAUGGACGCGCACCCCUCGCGGUACGCCGCCACCGUGCGGGUGCAGCAACACAGGCAAGAGAUAGUGCACGAAAUGAGCAGCAUGGUGCAGGAGCUACUCAUCAUGUUCUACAAGAGCACCGGCGGGUUCAAGCCGCAUCGUAUCAUUAUGUACCGGGACGGCAUCUCCGAGGGACAGUUCCUACACGUCUUGCAACACGAACUCACUGCUGUCCGAGAAGCUUGUAUCAAGUUGGAGGCGGAGUACAAGCCGGGAAUCACGUUUAUUGUGGUGCAAAAACGGCACCAUACGCGACUAUUCUGCGCUGACAAAAAGGAGCAGUCGGGCAAAUCUGGAAAUAUUCCCGCAGGCACUACCGUCGACCUCGGCAUCACGCAUCCGACUGAGUUCGAUUUCUAUCUAUGCAGUCAUCAAGGAAUUCAAGGCACGUCGCGUCCGUCGCACUACCACGUGCUGUGGGACGACAACCACUUCGGGUCGGACGAGCUGCAGUGCCUGACGUACCAGCUGUGCCACACGUACGUGCGCUGCACGCGCUCGGUGUCGAUCCCGGCGCCCGCGUACUACGCGCACCUCGUGGCCUUCCGCGCGCGCUACCACCUGGUGGAGAAGGAGCACGACUCGGGCGAGGGCAGCCACCAGUCGGCCUGCAGCGAGGACCGCACGCCCAUCGCCAUGGCGCGCGCCAUCACCGUGCACGCCGUCACCAAGAAGGUCAUGUACUUCGCCUAACCGCACGCCGCACCUACCAGGUAAUGUUAGUCGAGCGUGCGAAAUUUCUGGGGCUUCUCUAUACUUUAAAAUAUUAUCUCCGCACGAAGAUCUCGUAUGUAAACGCGUUCGAUUGUCGUUGUCAUUCCCUUCUCCGGUUCGUGCAGCAAUUUCCCGAAGCUGGGAGUGACCCUGUGAGGUCUUCAUGUUUUGAGAUAGAACUCCGCCUAUUUUCUGGUUUGUUCUUGUAUAUAACGCCAACCGUUUCUACCAGGUUCUGAAUGGCCCCACUCGCGUUUCAUAUAGUCUAAUUUUAUAAAUGUUGUUUAGCUUUUACGAAGAUAGCUGUCCCAAUAUAAAAGACGUUUCAAUUCUAUGAAGUUUUGAUAGUGAUGGAACAAUCGAAAUAAAUCGUUGACAAUUAUUUGAUGUAUAAGUAUAAUAAUAAUCGGAGGAGAGCAAUAAAUAUUACCUCAUGCGUGUAAUGCGUAGUGUUUCCUAAUUGGCCAUCCGUUGACUGGGCUAUUUACUAUCUUCUAAGAAGCAUUUGUAGAAUUCAACUUAAGCUUUCUAAAUAAAACAAAGAAGUGCGAUUAAUUUAAUAAGUGGAUAUUUUAUCCUUAUAUGAAACUAAAAAAGUUAGUGACAGUUAUAGACAGACAUUCAAAUAAAUAUAUUUUAUGAAAUUUAUAAAUAGGUCUACAGUAAAAUACAUUCACAAAAAAGGUUUUUCUCGUAAACAUAGCUGGUUAAUUUCAAGCGUAGCUUAAUAAAGAAGUGAACAUCAUACAAAGCAACACUGAAGUGUAACGAAAUAGGAACACUUGAUAGAGGAUUAUUUGCUUUGCGAAGAUUUUGAUAGUGAAUUUAAAUAGUAGAUUCCUAUUUUGUAAUGAUCUAAAUUAUUGUGGUAUCACACAAAUAAGUAUCCACUGUUUUUCAUUAAUCUGUAGUCUUUACAUGAUGAUGCAACAUUAAUCAGUUAGUAGUAUUAAGCAGUAACGCCAAAUAGUCCUCAUUAGGUGUACUAAGGAUAUAAUAAUAUGUAUUUAUUUUUCAAUUAUUUACAUUAUCAUUCAUUUGAAUAUAUUAUGAGUUCAGUAUAUAAGUACCUAUUUUAUUUUCAAUGCUUCGUUUAUAAUUUAUGCACAUUAAUUCAAUGAAUUUCACACAAACACAUACACUAUGUAUAUAAAACAAAUUAUUAUAAACAGACAACCAAUCUUACUAUCAGUGUAAAGAAUGAUAUUUUUAUUUUACAUUUUUAAGUUUAUUUUUUAAAGUAAGAGUUCUUUUAUAUUGUAUUUUAGCUUUAAGUUUAAUCAACUAAAAGUUGGGAAGAAUGUAUGUCCUGACUUUAAGGGUUGGUGACAAUGUUUUUAUUUGUAAUUAGUGUGAAAGUUAAUAAACAUCUUUUUUAUCAUAAAUUAUGCUUUUGGUGUUUCAAUUGGUCGUAUGUCAGUGUUAUUUUGUCUCAAUAGACGCAUUUACAUGCAAUUUGUGUAGUUCGUAAUUCUCACGGAUAAUCGGACUCUUAUUUACUUUACUUAUUUGUACGAAAUAGUUACAUAGACACACUAUAUCGCAUGAAAUGCCAUAUUCUAUAUACAGCGAAUUUAAUGAUUUCAUAUGAAUUCAUGUUCAUUAAUUCAAUUCUAACAUAAUAUUAUUAAUAUAGUACACUCAGAUUGCUUUUUCGUGGAAAUAAGUUGUGUCAAAGUAAAUAAUCGCCCGGUUAUCUUUUAAGUGGACAAGCUGCUAAAAAUAUCGGAUAUAAAUGUAUUUUAUAUUAAAUGACGUUGUGAUGCUAGGUGUGAUACAUUAAUACGAAUAUGUUCAGGAUCGUUGUUAUACAUUAACAAUAUAAAAUCGAAAAUAAUGCAUAGUGAUCAUGCAAGUGAUGCAAGUAGGAAACUUGGGUAAUAGGUUUUUAAUAUACAUCUUCUGUCUUAUUAUGAUGGUGUUUCUUUUAAAUUCUAUCUGUCGCAUCAUAUCAUGUACGAUAAGCUCUUUAUAGUGAGAAUCAGCCCUCUUGUAGUUGAUAAACAUUAUUUGUCGCAAUUGUAAUGAUUAUUAUGAUAUAAUUUUCAAAGUUAAACACCCAGUCGCUUAAAGUUUUAUAAGAAUAAACUUUAUUGUUUAUUGAACUAUCUUUUCUUUUUACUAACUCUGCCCCUUUUUACGUGGCGUUCAGAAUGCUCUCAUUUCAAGUUUCAAGACUAUUAUAAGGUGAAAAUAAAAUGACGAAUAUUCGAUACCAGCUACACAAUCAAACAGAUAAAAAUGGGGUAGUGUUGACAAUAAACGAGUUUAGUUUUUAAUUUUGUUUUAUGUAAUAAGCUUACAUAGGCUUAACUGCAGUCUAAAUAACAAUUAGAAAAGUCAUCCUUUAAAGAAGUGCUGUUAUAAUAUUAUUGAGCAUUUCAAGAAAUGUCACAUCGGUUGUAGUUUAUUAAGUAGGUAUUAUGUAACCAGCACACACACAGUUGACGCCUUUAUUUCAAAUAGAUAGCUUUCUCAUUUGUGUAUAUUUUACGUGAAGUUCUUGUGGAAAAUGUUUUAUUAAAAUAGGUUUGCAGCUCGGAUAUAUUUUCUAAAGAUCCAUCCAAAUUACGUCUUUGAUUUAAAAAAGUAUUGAUGCUUUCAUGCGCAAAUGACUAGCGCAGCUUUUGGGUAACAUUUCAUCUUAAAUUGUAUACAACGUGCUUUAAACUUUAGUUAAGUUGUCGUAUGUAAGUGGUUUUUGGUAGCAAAAUGUCUAUACGCGCGAUUCCCAAACUAAUAAAGACCGCGUACAUUGUGCGAACAUUUGUCAUGAUUCAUAUUUUGUAUGAAGGAGCUCCAUCUGCGCAAUCUUUAUACAUUAUGUUUGAUGAUUAUAAAUUUGGGCGGCUACGAUUUUGCGUCAUAAUUCUUAAUUAUUGUAGGUACCCUUUACGAUUCUUUGGCACUUUUACAUCAUUUAGUUAAAGUUUUACCUACUUAAUUCUUGUAUCUCUUUUUGUUGUGAAUAUUUUGAAGAUAUAUUCAAACUUACAUAUAAUACUUACCAGAUUUUCUAAAAAUUAGAGUUGAAGUAAUUUCCUAUUAAUCUUUUUUCUAUUUUCGUAUUUCGUUAUGUUGGUAUUUAUACGAAGUUGAUUGGUUGGUAGAAUUUCGGCUAAUUUUGAUGUUUUUCAUGCAAUUAUCAGCUUCAAUCCAGAUUUAUGUCAGCUUUAGUCGUCCAACCAAGGGCUGUGCACAAAUCAAUUAAAUUAAAUGUUUUUUUUUUUCAUUUCGGUUCUUUCGAAGUACUUACAUUUUUUCAGUACUAUAACAAUGUGUUCACUAUCGCUUUUCUACUCAUUACUUAAACUAGUCGAUUAAUAUUUUAUUUAAGUGGACAUAAAAGUCGUGGGAAUGCCAAAGGCCUUUUUGAGACUUUGUAGAAGGAUUGUAAUACAUAACUUCCAAAGUUAAAUUCAUUCUCUCCAAAGACUAGCCCAGCAAAUCUGUGUGACGGCAUGGGGCCAGAGCUUAGUAAACAAUAGUAUUAUGUGUACACCGUGUUUUAUGUGUUCUUGUUCAAAUCAUCAUUUCCAAGCAAUAUUUAUUUGCGGAAAUUCUUUUCAAUAUCUUUUUUUUUUAUGUGUUAACCAACACUUUGCUAGUGUUGAUUUGUAUAAAAAUUUCAUUUCAUUUAGGAUUAAUAUGUCCAUACAUAAAAAAUAGGAAAGAGAAAAAACAAAAAGAUUUAAAUCUUUCGUAUAUGAAAGUGCAUUACUUUUAAUUAAUACUUUACAUAUGUAUGUUAUCUAUGUAUCACUAUUAUUUAUUUAAGACAGAUUUGUAAUAUGU